GCUUGACGCAGUUUGACUGGGUCACGCUGCAAGCCAGCCGGAUGUUUUGCGUCGCCAGUAUGUGAUGGGAACAUUUGCUCAUUUUCUCCCAAAGCUGAAUCGUGCGGCUCCGGCGGCGGCCCUGACCCGGCACCAAUGAGUCGAGCUUUGUGAGACGGCAGCAGUCGGCCCCGUGUGCUGGAUGUCUGUGACAGAUCCAUGGGCCAGAAGGACCAUGUGGAGGCAGGAGCAGGCCACAUCCUCGACCUGGGGCUGGAUUUGGAGUAUCUCCACGUAGCAGGGGCUGACCGGCAGGCUGGCGGUGCUGACGUGCCCCCCGCUAUGGAGGAGCAGGGGGAGAGCUCCGGCAACUGCAGCACCGCCAGUUCCCCUCCACCGGAAAACACUGGGUCUGAUGUAGAGUGCGAGCCGGCGCCGCCUUCCAGCGCCACCCUCGCUGCCGGCCCUGACCCGGACGGAGGAGAGGGAGGGUCGACUCACAGCAAGAACGCCCACCAGCCACUUUGUCGGACCCAGUGUGUGGACUUAGGCACUGAGGGUCCUCCCGAGCCCCCGUCCGAACUCUCGCCAGAGCUUGAACACGACACCCCUGCCCAGUCCUCACCCAGCACCCCACGCAAGCACCCACCCGAGCCUCCGUCCGAUCCCUCCACGUCAGAGCCAGCGUCCGAGGCCGGUGGGAAGGAGUACCAGGCUAAGCUGGAGUUCGCCCUGAAGCUGGGCUACUCUGAGGAGACGGUGCGACUGGUGCUGUCCAAGCUCGGCCCUGACACGCUCAUCAAUGACAUACUGGGAGAGCUGGUCAAACUGGGCACCAAGUCCGACAGCGAGCAGCCGGCUGGAUCAUUAGCCUCUACCUCAUCUUCUUCGUCCUCCUCUUCCUCUUGUGGCUGUACUGAUUUGCUGGAUAGCCAGAGGUCGGACUCGCCCUGUCCUUCAGACUCUCUGUGUGACCAGGACAACCUGCGGCCCAUUGUGGUGGACGGUAGCAAUGUAGCCAUGAGCCAUGGCAACAAGGAAGUGUUUUCCUGCCAGGGCAUCCAGCUGGCUGUAGAUUGGUUCGUAGAGCGUGGCCAUCAUGACAUCACGGUGUUUGUGCCUGCGUGGCGGAAAGAGCAGUCCCGCCCCGAUGCCCCUAUAACAGAUCAGGAGAUCUUGCGUCGCCUGGAGAAGGAAAAGAUCCUAGUCUUCACUCCUUCGCGGCGCGUCCAAGGUCGCCGUGUGGUUUGCUAUGACGACCGAUUCAUUGUCAAGCUGGCCUAUGAGUCAGACGGCAUCAUUGUCUCCAACGAUAACUACAGAGAUCUGGCUAAUGAGAAGCCUGAGUGGAAGAAGUUCAUCGAUGAGAGGCUGCUGAUGUAUUCCUUUGUCAAUGACAAGUUCAUGCCCCCAGAUGACCCUCUUGGUCGCCAUGGCCCCAGCUUAGACAACUUCCUGAGGAAAAGACCGAUCAUGCCUGAGCAGAAGAAACAGCCUUGCCCAUAUGGAAAGAAGUGCACUUAUGGUCACAAGUGUAAGUACUACCACCCAGAAAGAGGUGCUCAGCCUCAGCGUGCCGUGGCUGAUGAGCUGCGUGCCAGUGCCAAGACCUGUGUCACCACAAAGAACCAGGGGGACACUGGGCUGGUGAAGAGCCACAGUGUGCCAGCUGGCAGCAUCGAGGCGAAAAAAGGCGCUCCAAAAAGGCAGUCGGACCCUAGCAUCCGAGCUCUGUCGUACAGCGAUGCUGAGGAGAAGCUGCUGGCGAAAGGGAGGGCAGAGAGCCAGAAGAGCACUAUGUGUGGCAACAGCAGUAGCAGUAGUUGCAGUGGGAGUAUUACCAUGUCCCCAGCCCCAGGAAGCGGCCCUCCAUCCAGUCUCAGCCUUCCCCAGGACCAACAGUCCAGAGCAGCGACCCCUCAUAGUCUACCAGCCCCCAGCCAUGACCUUUACCCUCACUGUGAGUCUCCAGACUUAAGCUACUACUCAGUAACGCGUGCCUACUCCGGCCUGAGCCUCUCCUCCAGGCGGAGCCCAGACUGUCGCUUCCCCAAUGACACAGACCUGCGGCUGGGCUCAAUGGGCUCAGCGGGCUCCGAAUGCGGCAGCGAAAGCAGCGUGAGUUGCGGUAGCAGCUGCGACUCGUACAGCGAGAGGCCGUGUCCCGGAUGCCCCCAAGAUACCUUACUGGAAGACAGCGUCCAUUUUGCUAAUCCCCACAGCCGGCUGUAUCCCCAUCACGCCCCAUCAAACCAUGAACUUUGUGGCCUUCAUCCUGCCGAUUACACAAAUAUCCAACACAGCCACUCGUCUAAUACCGGAAUGCACGGCUACCACCUGAGUGUGGCACGUGGGCAGAGCUGUGCUCACGAUCAGCCUCCACCAGAGGCUCCCCCAAAGCGCCCUCUCUACCCGUUACCCCCUCACCUCCAGCACCAACCGCUGGCUGCACGCUCCAGCUGCCCAGGUGACUACCACUCUCUGCCCCAGUCCAACCCUCACCCCCCUGGCUCCCCUCUUGGCCGCUGCCUGGCCCCCACACGAGCAGAGAGUGUGUCAGACUCACAUCUGUACGAACACCUCUCUACAUCGCACCAUCACCACCGAACCAAAGCUCUACCCAGCUGGGACACCUACUACAGACAGCCUCCGCUGCCGCCGUCCAGGUAUGAGCCGUCUGCCUAUCAGAGCCUGCCGGACACACGCCAGUCAUCCUGGCACACCCCUCCCUGGGCACAGGAAGGCUACACCCAGCACCACUCCUCUCACCCAGCUCUCCACCCAUCCCCGACACAUUAUUUAAACCACCCGCCGCCUCCAGCCCACUCUCCUCACCCCCCUCAUCCCUCCAGCACUGCUCUCCCGCCCACUGCUCUCCCGCCGUACCCGCCUCACAGCGCUCACCUUUCAGUUCCCUCCCACGCUCCUCCCCCCUCCUACAUGCCGCAGCACCCAGAAUCCCCCGCACACAGCCGCUACGGGGACGUGAGGGAGAAAGUGUACGUCAACCUGUGCAACAUCUUCCCCUCGGAGCUGGUGAGCCGGGUGAUGGCCAGGAGUCCCCACAUCACAGACCCCCAGCAGCUGGCAGCCGCCAUCCUUGCAGAGAAAGCCCAAACAGGCUACUGAGGAAGGAAGGAAAAUGUAAUCUCCCGUUAGAAAAGCAGUUAUGUAGUGUGGGUAGAAAUAGGAAAAUUUGCCUUUGCAACACUUGAAAGCACGUUGGGUUUGCAGGGUGGAAUUUUAAAUACCGGAAUGCUUUUGGAUUGUCUGCAAGGAGAGCUUUUUCUUUUCUUAUGACAUUAAUGAGACAAUGCAUAAGCUUCAAGAAUAUAAAAUGCUGAAGAUAAUCCAAAUCCAGCUCCGGUCACUGCGCAGCGACAACUAAAUCAACUCAACUUUAAGAAGUGUGGAGAGAGCGAGUCAUUUGACUUGAAAUCUAUGACUUUGACACAAAGUGCGACUUGGGGUGCCCAGUUAUUCUUUUUUUUAUUUAUUUAGUAGCUUAUUAUAUGUUUGUUUCACAUGAAGGACUUCUUACGCAUCAAAUUCAAAAGGCACUUUUUUUUUGUUUUACAGUCAAAUCAUAACCUAGUGAGUUGGUAUCACACAUCAAAUAUGACUGAUAUGAAGGAUUAUUUAAUUAAUAUUGUGUGUUUGAUGGAUGGGAUGAAGAAAAUGUCACAGAUGAGUAUUCAAACUUCAUUUCAGAUAUUUCAGAUCUUCUCAGUUUGUUAAGUGGCAAAUCCCCAUCUGGUAGUCCAUUAUCACAUGACGGUUCCAAACUACUAUUUGACCGAGGUCUGUGUAUUAUAUUAACCUCUGUGUGUGUUGUGUGGCCAUUUGUGGGGCGUUUUUCCAUGUUGAUAAAAAUGGGUGUCUGAAAGAUUGACGUCUUAUUUGAGAUGACGUCAGUAUUUUGGUCCGAGUUGUAGCUGUAGAGAUGGGUGACCCUGUCGUGUGUACCUUAGUUUUAGUAAGGGACAUCUCUCUCUCUCUCUCUCUCUUUCUCUCUCUAUCUCUCUCUCUCUCUCUGGCCCUUUAUUUUGGGUCAACUCUGGCAUCUGCUACAGACAGAGAACAUCUGGACAUGGAUAAACAAACAUGUGUGUAUUGUAAAUAUAUUUAUCAGAUUCCCCUGCUGUGCUUUUGGCUAACAGCGUCUACUGUUGUCUGUAGCAGAUCCCAGCUGAAUCCAUGCUAGACGGAGAAAAACCUUGUUUGAUACAAAUUGUAUCAUUAACUAAGUCGCUGAUGUUAUAUACAGUACAUGGACUUGUUGAUCUGUAUUUAUCAAACACUCUUGAUGUAUUGCUAUAUGAUGAAGUGCAUUGACAACAGUUAUGUUCCAAUCGAGAUGUUCCAACUUUUAAUCUUGUGGAAAUUGCUUUGAGACAAUUAUUUCACAUGUUAUGAAACAAAAGGGGUUGUCUGCCUACUAUGUUUAGGUAUCGCAACUUCUUUAUCUGCGCUUUUGGGUUUGAAGCUGGCUUAUUUUCUACAGGAGCUCCAGUUAAAUCAUGUGUGAGAAAUAUGCUUUGGUUUAAUGGUUAACUCCCAUUUGAACACAGAGGUGAAGUUUUUUCAUGGUAUGGGGUCAGUUCAUUUUUUAGCUUGUCUUCUAAGUCAGAAAGUAGAUAUCUUCUAAAGCAACAUAAAAUGUUGAGCUUGAAAUAAUAGAAAAUGAUAUAACUAAUCUAUAAAAUUGAGUGGACAGACCCCAACCAUGUUUUAAUAAGUACAUUUUUAUAUUUGGGUUAGUCCCAUAUCCCAUGGUGGCCAUUUUGAACAUCUGAAACACUACAAAGCUCUACCUGGAGUAUGUGCAGAUAUAUAAAGCAAUUUUUGCCCUUAACAAAAAGAUGAGGUCUUCAUAGAACCAGAAAUUAUACAGUCAGGAAAAAAAAACCUCAAGAAUAAAAACUAAAGUUGCUUAAAUGUAACAGUGUAGCUAGCUAGCCUGCUAGCUGCUUUCCAGACACAAAUGUUUAAAGUUUCUGUUUUUAUGGACAAACUUUCUUUAACCAUAGUGUGUUAAAGGGUGGUAACUAACAAAUAAAUUACAUAUAAACAAAGAAAAUAUUUCAGUUCACAACACUAAAGAAAAAUUCUAACUGCUGAGGCUACUUGAGCACAAGCUAAUGCUAACAUUUCCUUGUGUCAUUACUCACGUGUUCGACCUCGAUACAUGGCAACAUUAAAAUGUUAGCCAGCUGUUUAUUAAUCUGGUUUCUUGGGAUUGUUUUGUUUUUAAUAAUGAAUUAAUCAAUAGUAAAUGUUUGUCAGGUUCUAACAUGUUUGCAGCAGGAGGACAUAGUUUGAUUGUACUUGAUCAGGUAGAGCCCAACCAAAGUGUAAUACAAGUUCAAAAUGGCCGCCAAGGAAUUUAAGUCUACAGAGUGAGCUCGUCAUACAGUUCAUCACAAGCCAGCUACAUAAAGCCCACUGGUUUCUUUCCUUUCCAACGUGUCACAUUGUACAAAUAAUGAAUAAUUGUACAAUAACACGUGCUGUUGAUGAGAGAACCUUUGUGUGUAUUGAAGAAGCGCCUUCUCUCUGGCCUCCUGGCACUGUGUGUCAGUGUGGCACCGGAGCGUGGGCCCAAAGUAAUGCCUCUUCAUGGCAUUGUGCUUAUGACACAUCCAAUACUCUGAACUAUGUUCAGCUAACUGUUAUGCAUGUUUUGAUUUGUCUUGGUUUCUGCAUGUUUCCUUGUGUUUAAUUUGUGUACAUAGCUGUGAUUCUGUCCUGGAAGUUUGUCUUGCCGUUACUGUGACAUGAUGCUAGCUGUUGAGAUGCCUGUACACUAAAACUUGUUUUUCUGCUCGUUAAUGUUUUCUUGCAUCAGUUAGUGUUGAUUUCAGUGCACCUUCCUUUGACAUUCAAUAUAAAGUCAAGUGGGAGUGCUAUUUGGUUUUCUAUAAGACUUGACAUUUACUCUAAAAUGAUCAGGAAGCAUGUUUUAGAAUGCAUCCCACUUUUCUCUAGCAUUGUUUGCUUUGGAAGUGCACUCGGCCAUAGAUAGUGAUAAUGGAAACCAUCAUCAGUUAUGAUAAAUUUACUUCUGUGCUGUAGAUAUUACAAUGCUAUAUAGGCCAGUACACUCUGUUUGAAAAUAUAUUUACAUUUUGCCAGUAGACUACACAGUGUAACUAACUGAUUAUUGUAACAUCACCUGUAACUGUUGUUGUUCAUUAAAGAGAGUACUGCUAUAAAACGUGUAUAUAUUGACAUUGUAGUAGUAGGCUUGUUUUAAGUGGCAAUCCCAAUUUUGGUGCACAAUACUACUGCUUAUUACCGUUAAAAAGAAAAUGAUUUAGAAUUCUUUAUUUACAAAACUGUCUUGUGCUUUACUGAAUUAUUUAUAUUUUCCUGUAACAGUAAUAGAUUACUUAGUAUUAUAUUGAAGUUGCUCUGCAGACUUAUAUUAGACGUAUAAAAAAUAGUCUGCUUGG